AUGUUUCUUCGUACCGUCUCUCGCGCUGUGCCUCGCACCACCGCAGCCAUCCGCGCUGCCCCGGUCGCUGUGAACUCCCUGCAGACCCGCGCUGCCUCGGACCAUGCCAUCUCCAACCCCACUCUCGCCAGCAUCGAGAAGCGCUGGGAGGGCAUGCCCCCUCAGGAGCAGGCCGAGCUGUGGAUGCAGCUCCGUGACCGCAUGAAGGUCGACUGGCACCAGAUGACCCUCCAGGAGAAGAAGGCCGCUUACUACAUUGCCUUCGGUGAACACGGACCCCGUGCGUCCGCCCCCAAGGGUGAGGGCCUCCGCAUCCUGUCCAAGGUUGUCCAGCUCACUGCCGUCUCCGUCGCCCUCUUCUACGCCGUCCACGCCUUCGCCGGCAAGCAGCCCGCUACCAUGUCCAAGGAGUGGCAGGAGGCUUCCAACGAAUACGCCCUGAAAGAGAAGAUCAACCCCAUCCACGGUAUCAGCAAGGAGGGUUACGAAGGAAAGGGCUUCGUUCAGAGCCCCCCUCUUGAGAAGUCAUAG